ACAUUUUUCAGUAAGGCCGGAUUUAAAUCACCUUGCUGGUAUGUUUAUAGAUACACUCCACACUAAGCAGAUUUCAUUUAAUGGUUAGAGUGGUGUAUAGGAGGACACUUGGUAAAGAGCAUUCCUAAUAAAUUUUUGUCUGGAAAUGCUAAUUAUAUAAGCACAGUGGUUGGCUGUAAAAGGCCAGCAUUUAGUAUCACGCAUAGGUUUAAAUUACAGUUUGGUCUCAACACUUCUACAAACCCUUGGGCUUAUAUUUCAAGUCCAAUUUGGUCCCUUUGGUUUCUGUAAAAGACAGAAUUACACAUGAUGUUAUGAGCCCCACAAGUCUGUCAUCAUUGAUUCUUUUCUCUCUCUCCUGGUACUUACAGGCGCAAACAGCUGCCAGCCUAUGGGAUGCAUACUCAGGCCUGUUAAGUAAUCAAGCCAUGAUCCUGGCCAUGAACUCCAGCUUCGUGGAUCCCUUAUUGCAAUAUGAAACUCAACUGAAGAUAGUAGAGUCGUCCUUUAAAAUGGCAUUUGCUAUACCAAGUCUUGACAAAGUGAAAGAAAUUGGGAAGAAUGAGGAUGACCAAGAGGACCUCGAGAAUUUAUACCGAACUAUUUUAAACAUAUUUGAGGACACUCUUCUGAUCUUAGUGUCUAAAGACCUCUACAAACUGCAAAUCUUAAAGGAAAUGGCUGUGUGGAUGAGUGAAGAUAAUUUGUACAUGCAGGAGAGAGCCAUGGUGAUCAUCAGCAGAGUGCUAAGCUUUGCAUCCAGGAAAGUCAAGGGAUAUACAAGUGUUGAUGUUCCAUGUUUGGGUGUUCUGGCAGCAGAACUGUCUCUUUUGUGUUCCCAUGCUGAUCCCUCAAUCACACAACAAGCAUCCUUGGGAAUGUAUCACCUCCUCUGCAUUGCAAAGUGUCAAAAUGCGGAUAUUGCAAAAAAUGAAAGUACAAAGUAUGAUAAGCCUAGAAGUCAUUGCUUCCUGCCUUCUGCCUCUGAUAUAGAAUUUCUACCCAAGAUCUUGCAAAGAGACAAAAGUAAAAUUGCCCAGAGUGUAGGACAAACCUUAUUGCCAGGCUUGCUGACUGACUUUGUGUGGAGUCUCCUGAUGAGACUCUCUGCACCUGAUCAAACAACUGCAUCUGAGGCAGCAACCAUACUGAAACUGACUCUGGAAUAUUAUGCCCAUAAAGUCACCAUGGUGUCUAAAAUUGUGGAUGUUAUUUAUAAGCAAUUGUGUGGAAAUGCUUCUCCCAUUGCGAAGCAAGCUAUGUUGAGGGUCAUUACCUUGUUGACACGUACUUCACCAAAGAAGGUCAUCUUUCAACUUAUGGACUACCCAGUCCCAGCAGACAACACUUUGAUGCUGAUGUGGCAGGCGGCUGGUUCUGAGUCAAGUGUGGCUCCACUUGUGCUGAAGACAAUCUUGUUGAUACUGAAAGGAAAGCCUGGGGCAGUGGAAGAAAGAAUAACGGAAAGAAGACAUUUCUCUCUUGACACAACUAAUAUGAUGCCCGUGGCGGCAUCCCAGGCCCUGUGCACAUUGCUGCCUAUUGGUUCUUACAAGAAAGUGGUGGCCCAGUUUUUCCCCCAGCUCUUGAUGGCCCUCAUGCUUCAACUCUUUUACGCCAGCAACCUGAGACUGAUGACAGAAGACAGGACUUUCUAUGCUCGAGAUGCACUGAGAGUUCUGCUGAAUUGUUCUGGACUGCAACAAGUGGAUAUUGCUCUAAAGAGAGAGAAUUGCUGGAACCAGUUUUCCCAAGCACUGUUUCACCAUCAUGGAGUCUACCUUGUUGCCAAAACUCUCAGUGACCAUAACUUUCCACAGUUUCCAGACACCUUGCAUUAUCUCUACAAGCUCUCAAUGGAAGGUCCUAGAAGGUCAGAAGACAAUGUCAUCACAAUAAUAUUCCUCACUGAACUUCUCAAUAAUUUCUUCAAGGACCCAUUCCCAGAAGAAUUUUUGGUUCUCUUCAGAAACUGGGUCAAUGACUCUGAUCCUGCAGUUAGCAAACUGAGCCUUCAGAAAAUUGCCAGCAUGGCACCAGUUAUCAAUGAGAUAGAAAAUGUCUGCAGCUUAUUAAUAUCCAUCUUGGAUGCCUUCCUUUCCCAAGACAAGACUGUUGUAAUUCGGGCCUUGAUGACCCUUCGAAGACUUUUAGGCAAACUGGACAAGGUGACCUACUCCUCCCUGUGUACCAGAAUUGCUUGCAGCUACUGUCCUCUGAUGGAUCAUAGUAAUGGAGGCAUUCGGAGUAUGGCCAUUCGACACUUUGGUGAGUUACUCAGGGACAUGAGUCAGUACACAUGGAUGCUGAAUGAUGUGGUUUUCGGAGGCUUGGUGCCUCUGAUUCUGUUUCUGGAAGAUACAGAGGCAAGAGUAGUUAAAGCAUGUAAACAUACAUUAGAAAUCUGUGCCUCAAAAUUAAAAUGGUCAACAUCAUAUUUGCUCAAGGAUGAACAUUACAGUUUUGAGCUGGUAGUGCUCAACAUCUGUAACAAUCUUCUUAUUUCUCAUCAGAAAUAUAUUACAGAUUUGAUAUCUGAUACCUUAGGAUUCCUGAGGAGUUCCAGAAUAUAUCUGAGAAGAGGAUCAGUUAUUUUAAUAGGGUACUUGGCAAAACUGGGUGGCCAUUUACUGCUCAGAGAUGAAAUUGAAGUCAUGCUUGAGGCUAUUGACCGAGUGCUUUGGGAUGAAGAUCCUGUGAUCAGGGAGUUUGCAGAAAUAACAAACAAAAUUUUUAUGGAAAUAGCUCAUAGACUGACCUCCUCAAAUAUUAAACAAAGCUUCCGAAGACUAUUUAACUUAAUCUACAUCAAAAAAUUGAAGCCUCUUUAUAAUUAUAACCUUCCCAAGGACCUGACAGGCAGUCCUAUGGGGAUUAAAGUAACAAGAAUGACAGGGAAGCCAUUAUAGACAAUAAUUAUGAAGACGUAUUGGUAAAGAAUGAAGAUGUAUUGGUAAAGAAUGCAAGGUUCACGAGUGCCUUGGAGCACACCUCAGAAGAGAAAUGAUUUUCCUUUCCCUCUUGAUAACUUGACUCCGUUUGUAGAUGCUUUUCAGAAAGACACUAGAAGCCUUUACUGUCUCUUCUUGAUUCUCUACUCAAAUAUAGAGAUGUGUUGCCUCUCUCCGACAGUGAUUAGAAGACUUACUUCAUCAAACAACUAACAAAAUUGAAAAAACAUAUAAGCGAAGUGUUUGAUGAGAAGCUCUUAGAGUUUGAUGUAAUCAAUACAUACCUACUGAACAUCUUCUAAGUGCCAGACACUAUGCUAGAUAGUGAGGAUAUUUGGAUGAUGUAAAUAAGGUUCCCAUCCUCAGGAAGGCCACAGUCUAGUGACACACAGUGUGGUUAUUUACACCCUGCUCUGAUGAAUGCUGCCUAGGGCAGUACUUACAAAGGAAGAAAUGGAGCUUUCGGGGAAGAGGAUUUAGAGCAGGCAAACUAUUCCAGGUAGAGACACUGAGGCAAGAAGAGUGUUGGGGGAAGCUGGAGAGUUUGUUGUGGGUACAGGUGGUUAAGGAAAAAAUAGGGAGAGCUGAGAUCUGAGGGGAAGACUGUGCUGUGCCAAUGGUUUUAAGCUUUUUGAAAUGAAAAUUGGAGAGUCAACAGAGUUAAUGGUUCCCAUGGCCAUCAGGAUCCAGUUUAACACUUCGUCCUGGUUUAUAAGAAAGUUGAUAUAUAAAUGUUGAACUGCAGUGAUCUUGUUUGACUUAAGGCUCCAGGCUCAUCUUUCACUCAUCUCACCUUACCUUCCUCCCAUCCCUGCAUCCCACCCUAGCAUAAAGCACUUCAGCCACAGGGGAGUACUUGCUGGUAGAUGAAAGCCCCAUUUCCUCUGUUGACUAAGAUGUUGUGGCUUUGGAAUGUGUCAGCUGGCAGUUCACACAUGUUUUCAUUUCUCUGCCAGCUUGCCUUGCUGGAAGUUGGGGCAGCAGCCAUUCUACCUUCCCUUGGGUCCUUCUUCAGCUUCUCUGACUUCUGGGCCAGGUGGGUUUAGUAAUGUUGACAAAGGACACCAGCUUCUCCUGCAGGACAUCUGCAUCAUCAUCAUCAUCAGUGUUGGAGGCAAUAAGAGACUGAUACAGUCACAUGCUUCUGUGUUCUACCUUGUCGCUGCUCUCCACUUCACACCCACACUCCUUUCCCAAUUGCCUGCCCUGCAGACUUCAAACUCCAGCACAAGAUGUGAAGAUGACAACUUUGCAGAGAUUUCUUAACCCGCUCCCACAAUUGCUUACAGUCAAACCUCUGGUUAUGCCUCUCUAAUUGAACCCUUACUGAUAAAUCUGAGAUACAUUUCCAGUCCUCUUUUUUUUUUAACUGGGGUAGAGUUGCUUAACAAUGCUGCGUUAGUUUCUGCUGUACAAUGAAGUGAAUCACCUUUAUGUAUACAUAUAUCCCCUUGCUUUUGGACCUCCCUCCCACCACCCGCCAUCCCACCCAUCUGGGUCACCACAGAGCACUGAGCUGAGCUCCCUGCUCUAUACAGCAGGUACCCACUAACUCAUUGUUUUACACGAUAGUGUAUAUAUGUCAAUCCCAAUCUCCCAAUUCAUCCCUCCCCUCCUCCCCCCGCACUGUGUCCACACGUUUGUUCUCUACAUCUGUGUCUCUAUUCCUGCCUUGCAAAUAGGUUCACCUGAACCAUUUUUCUAGAUUCCACAUAUAUGAAUUAAUAUACAAUAUUUUUCUCCUUUUUAAAAAACAUAGUUAUUGGAGUAUAACUGCUUUACAAUGUUGUGUUAGUUUCUGCUGUGUAACAAAGUGAAUCAGCUAUACGU